CUCCUCGAAGUAGAAUCUUAGAACCCUAAAACCUAAAAAAUGCUAACUUCACUUCGGAGACGAUGAAGCGAGCACGGAAAGUCUCCGACGCCGCAGCGUUGGAGAUGCUUAUGCAGUUAUGUUCCUUAAAAGCCAAGUCUUUGUCUUUGUCUUUGUUCACUCCACUCUCAAAUAUCUCGAGUAGCUCAAGCCGGAGUUUCAUCAGAGGAAUCUCUGGUCAGAAACCUAAUUGCUGCUCCGAUGGCAUCUCCAAGUCUGUCAGUUUACUUACGGAGAAGAAAACUUCUUUGCGUCUCAUCGGAGAAAAAAAUAUCACCGAGAUUGUGUCUGAGUUGACGAAUGAAUUGACCUCACAUAUCGGUGACUCGGAGAGGAUCUCUUCAAUCUUGGAAGCCAACCUUCCUUACUUGAUUCGGAGGUACUGCAGAGGAUCUCCCUUUUUUGAGCUGUUGGAGCGGUUGAGUACCUGGCCUCAGUUAGCCCUAGAGGUAUUUAAUUGGAGAAGGAAACAAGGAGAUAAUGGGGGUGUACCAAUGGUAACAGAGGAAUAUGCCAAAGGAAUUACAAUUGCAGGCAGAGUUAAGAAUGUUGAUCUCGCUGUUGAGUUGUUUAUUGACGCUGUUAAUAAGGGAAUGAAGUCUUCUUCUAUUUAUAAUGCACUGAUGGCUGCCUAUAUGUAUAAUGGUUUGGCUGAGAAAUCUCAAUCCCUUUUUCGAGAUUUAAAAAGAGAACCAAAUUGUUGCCCUACAAUUGUGACAUACAACAUUCUCAUUUCAAUUUUUGGUCGUCUGAUGCUGGUAGAUCACAUGGAGGCGACUUUCCGGGAGACACAAGAGUUGAAUCUUUUCCCUAAUUUGUGUACAUAUAAUAAUCUGAUUGCUGGGUAUGUCACAGCAUGGAUGUGGGACGAAAUGGAGAAGACUUUCAGGAUUAUGAAAGCAGGCCCUGUCAAACCCAAUAUUGACACACACUUGCUAAUGCUUCGUGGGUAUGCACAUUCAGGCAAUUUGGAGAAGAUGGAAAAGGCUUAUGAGUUGGUGAAGGAUCAUGUGAAUACAAGGGAAAUUCCUUUGGUUAGAGCCAUGAUAUGUGCAUAUUGUAAGAGCUCAGAUACUGAUAGAAUUAGAAAGAUUGAGGCACUACUGAAGCUAAUUCCAGAGGACGAGUAUAGGCCUUGGUUGAAUGUGCUGUUAAUUAGGGUUUAUGCACAAGAGGACUUGAUGGAAGGGAUGGAGAAUUCCAUAAACGAAGCAUUUGAACAUAAAACUUCAGUCACAACUAUACAUGUGAUGCGUUCUAUCAUAGCAAGUUAUUUCCGGUGCAAUGCAGUGGACCAGCUUGCAAAGUUUGUGAAGCAGGCAGAGUCUGCUGGCUGGAGAAUUUGUCGGUCCUUGUACCAUUGUAAGAUGGUCAUGUAUGGGUCACAGAAUCGGCUGGAGGAGAUGGAAAAUGUGCUUGAUGAGAUGGGGAAUUUCAACAUUGAUCCCUCAAAGAAGACAUUUGUUAUCAUGUGUAAGGCCUACUUAAAGUAUGGCCAAAGACAUAAGUUAGAGCGAUUGCGGGGGACAAUGUGCAAACAUGGGUUUGGAGUUCCAUUGGAUGCCUCCAUUUCCUAGGUUACAUUGUCACAUUGGAAACAUGCUAUUCAAAUAUUCAGAAUCUCAUUCAUCAAAUUGGUGCAAAUGGUUCAUGACAUCUGAGAGGACAAUUUCAGCUCCUAGAAGAAUGUAAGCUGCUUCUUUUUAUUUCAUCUGGCACACUUUGUCAGUAGUUUCUCUUGCUGUAUCUUCUAAGCUUGAAAAAUAAGUGCAUGAUCCUUUUUUUU